CAUCAUCAGACAUAAAUACUGUGCUGCUGCUGGACGCACAACAACGGCGUGCUGACUUUUCCCAUCAGUGGAGUUAACUUCGCACACAGGAUGCCUGGAUCAGCUCCAAUUAAUUGCUUGGGACCAUGGCCCAAAGAUGUGGGUGUUGUUGCCAUGGAACUGUACUUCCCGUCUCAGUAUGUGGACCAGACAGAGCUAGAGCAGUUUGAUGGUGUAGCAGCUGGUAAAUAUACUGUGGGCCUGGGGCAAGCUCGUAUGGGCUUCUGCUCAGAUCGUGAGGACAUCAACUCCCUGUGCCUGACAGUGGUGCAGAGGCUGAUGGUGAAGAAUGGCCUGUCCUAUGACAGCAUAGGUCGACUAGAGGUUGGCACUGAGAGCAUUAUUGACAAGUCCAAGUCUGUGAAGACAGUUCUUAUGCAGCUGUUUGAGGAUUCUGGCAAUACAGAUGUGGAGGGCAUUGACACCACAAACGCCUGCUAUGGUGGUACCGCUGCACUGUUCAAUGCUGUCAACUGGGUGGAGUCCAGCUCUUGGGAUGGACGUUAUGCUCUGGUGGUAGCAGGGGACAUUGCUGUCUACGCCUCAGGGAAUGCCAGGCCUACAGGUGGUGCUGGUGCAGUGGCCAUGCUGGUUGGACCUAAUGCUCCUCUGGCCUUUGAACGAGGUCUGCGAGGAACCCACAUGCAGCAUGCAUAUGACUUCUACAAGCCUGACCUGGUGUCAGAGUACCCUGUGGUGGACGGCAAGCUGUCUAUAGAGUGCUACCUGAGUGCCUUGGACCGCUGCUACUCUGUGUACCGCAACAAGAUCCACGCACAGUGGCAAAGAGAGGGUUCCGAGAAGUGCUUCAGCCUGGAGGACUUUGGUUAUCUAGUCUUCCACUCUCCAUAUUGCAAGCUGGUGCAGAAGUCGCUGGCUAGACUGAUGCUCAAUGACUUUUUGAACCAACCCAACCCCAACACGGAGACGGGACCCUUCACAGGCCUUGACGCCUUCAGAGACGUGAAGCCAGAAGAUACCUACUUUGACCGGGAUGUUGAGAAGGCCUUCAUGAAGGCCAGUGCAGACCUGUUUGAGAGGAAGACCAAGCCUUCCCUGCUCAUCUCCAACCAGAACGGGAAUAUGUACACCCCCUCUGUCUACGGCUGCCUGGCAUCACUCAUUGCACAACACACAGCUGCAGAGAUAGCAGGUCAGAGGGUUGGAGUGUUCUCCUAUGGAUCAGGGUUUGCUGCCACUUUGUAUUCUCUGAGAGUCACACAGGAUCACACACCUGGCUCUGCUCUGGACAAACUUGUGUCCAGUAUGAGUGACCUGAAGGCAAGACUGGACUCGAGGCAAAAGGUUUCUCCUGCUGUCUUCUCUGAGAGCAUGAAGCUCAGAGAGGAGACACACCACCUUGCCAGUUAUAUCCCUCGAAGCCCAGUGGAGGAUCUGUUCCCAGGAACAUGGUACCUGACACGUGUGGAUGAGAAACACCGCAGAGAAUACGCCAGGACACCUCUGGAUGAUGACUUGCCUGCAGAGCCGGAGCUUGUUCGCUCCAGCACUGGCACCGAGCAUAUCCCCAGUCCAGCCAAGAAGAUGCCUCGCAUCCCUGCAGCCACCUCUGGCCCAGAGGCUGCUGUCAGCAACUGAGAGUGCUCAGUUUACCUCUGAGAGGUAUCAAUGUCCAAGAAUUUGGAAACUGUACUAUAACUAGACAACACUAGAGGUCAGAAGGCUAGCAAGAGAGGACAGAACACCUCUAAAAUCAUCAUACAUAAACUUAAUUAGGUUGGAGUUGUGUGUCAUUUAAGUGUGCCAGUGGAGGCCUGUGGACAGCUGUAGACACUCCGGACCUGCCUGUACCCAUCCCAUCAUCCACCUGGUGUCCACGUCCAUUACGGUUGGACAGUAAACUUAAUGUCUGAUGAUAGAUUCCAUAUUGAAUGUGAUAAUUAUUUGUUUUAUUAAUUCUUUAUUUCAAAGUUUACAUUUUUACAUAUUUUCCUUUUGCAUUUGUGCUAAAUGGACAUCUCUAUAUUUGGGAGGAGCACAGGCAGACAUUUGUGAGAGUGUUGCUGAUAUCGGUUUAAACAAGCAGACUUCUUCCUGGCAGCUGGCAGCCAGUGACAGGAAGAGGAAAUGGAGAUAAUUAAUGUCGCCUCAGGCCACCUGCUGAUUUAAAAGAACAAAGGGAAGUGGGCCUCAAAAUGUGUUUAUUCAUCAAACUAGCGCUGCUGCUGCUGCUGCCGCCUUGGCAACCUGUCAUGAUGACCCUCACCAUGAGAUGGAGCUUGAACUGUUCAAUACCUCAGUUUUCUAUGAAGAGCCAUGGUCAGUUUUAUACAGGACAUGUAACCAAACAUCAGGAACAGUGGGACUCCAGACUCAAAAUGUAGCUCCACCCAGAAGCCUGCAGACAGUCUCACUUCACACUGCUGUAGAUGAGCUAAUGUAGUCAACAUGUCAGCCUGGCAACAAACAUUCAACCACAGAAAAGAAGAACUGGUGCUUGGUGGUUACCCUCCAACACUUCUGUUACGUAGAUCUAUGUAGAACUAAAAGUAUUUUGUUAAACAUCUGUGUCAUUUUAGUUUUUCAGUUUUUCUGCCUUUUAUCUCAUGAAAUGUUUAGACCCAUUGAUGGAUCUGCCACAGUGAAACCAGAUGCCACUUCACACUCUGGGAACAUUUUCACUCUGUGUUUGAUAUGAUUGAUAUAAUUAUCAGUGGCAAGCCCUCAUUUUCUUCCAAAGCACUUUGCAAUGCCACAGUCAAAGUACUAGUUGUGUCUUUGCCUUUUUACUGCCACCACAUACACAGCAAAUAACAGCUCAUCAUAAUGAGAAGAGAGAACAAACCCAUAAAGUAAAAGAAUUGUCGUUGACAUAAUCUCCUGCAGCAGUCAUUCUCCAGUGUGUCUGUGAGCUCCUCUUAUUGUCAGGUUAAACAGAGUGGCAGACAUCAGUGGGUUAGGCUUUAGUAAACCAAUGCAGAGUUGAAAAACAUUACACCAGUAUUCUUCUUUUUAAAAGGUGCAGUCAGCAGAAUAUGACUGGUUAAUACAGACAGCGCAACAUUGUCAGCUUUCUUUAAAAUGAUUAUGUUGUGAUUUGACUCUCACAUAAUUAACAAGUAGAAUACAUUUUGUAAGUAUACAGAUAGUAUAAUACAACAUGAGUGUAAAGUUUUAGAGAAUUGAGUGUAAAUAUGAUGUAUCUGUAUAAGGUUCCUUACCUGUCCUACAGAUGGAAUGCCAGCUUUGCACUUGUGUUCACCCUGCUUCACUCUGCAGUACAGACAGUGGCCACAGACUGUAGCCAUACCCAGUCCAAUGUUGGUGGUGGUGUUUAUUUUGCAGAAAAAGUCAAAAAAUAUAUUAGUUAUUGCACCUUUUUAAGGUAUAUGCAAUAUCAGAUAAGUAGUGGAAACACCUUAUCAGACAACGAUUGCAACAGAUUCAGUGUAGCUCUUCAUUACAGGAAACAGCCAACAUAAGAAGAGCUACACAUUCAUAACAACCAGUGUCUCACAGUCUCUCACUGGUACCAUUUUCUCAUACUGAAGCCUUAAUGUCAAAGGGCUUAAUGCAGGUACACGUCAGGAGAAUGAGUUGCAACAUACAGAACUGAAACAGCUUCAUGUCUUAUUCUGUGAGUUAAUGUUUGUCCUCUGUGUGUUUUGUGUGAAAUGAUUGUUUCUCCUGUUUAACACUGACACUGAUCUGACAACUGCUGCAGUCAGCAACACAAAACCAGAUGUUGAAAGAGAUGGAGCUCAGGCAGAAAACGUGGCGAACAUCAGCCUUAAACUUCACAGUGUUGGUGUGUUCCUGUUGAUGGACAGACUGGUAGACUUGUACGCAGGGUUCAGAGGAGUCAGGACAGUUGAUGUCAGGUGACGACGUUCUUGACCAGCCUUACAAUAAGCAUGUAUAAACUGUAAACAGACAAAGCUUUUCUCCUAAUAAUGUACAGAUAUUCUUUUUAAUUGUACAGUCAGAGUUGGUUCCUCUGCAACCAAGCCCUUCUCACAUUAGCAUCACAUUAUACAGUAAUAUCUGUGCUGUGUGAUUGUAGGGCCUGUCUCAGAGGUCACAUGAUCUUUACCAAUUUUGAUGGUAAUGUACAGUACAACUGUAAGAUUAUUUAUGCUUUGUAGAUAUGAGCGAAUGGAUGUAUCCAGACAGUUUGUAUAAACAUGUAGUGAUCAAGAAUAAAUGGACAUUCAAAAUG